GCGUCCGGCCAGCACCAGCACCAGCACCAGCACCUCCUGAUCCCACCCGUUCUUACUUCUCUUUCCACACAGAAGCCACUACCACCACCACCACCACCACCUCAUCACGCGCCUUCUCUCGCUUCGCCGCCGCUGUUGUCGUGCUCUUCCGCCAUCUUCUUGUCACUCGCUCAUCAGACGCUCACAGUCACCACCUUUAUUGGCUUGGGCGAACUGUUUACAUUGACUAAUCCGAUUCUCAACGCCUUUCACCACCAGCAGAUUUAAGGUCCAAGUUAUCCGCUCGCGGGAGAAAAAGAAGAUACAAUGGCUGGCCUCAGGUACCUUGUGCCGGCUUUGGCCGUCGCAGGACGCGCAGUCGCACAAUGCGGCUCCGGCGGUACCACCACCAUUCAGAGCAACGCCGACGCGUCCGGCCUCUCUGGCUGCACCACAUUCUCCGGCAGCAUCGCCAUUGCCACCGGCACUACAGACAACAUCCAGAUCAGCGGAAUCCGAAGAAUCACUGGCAGCUUGACCGCCAACAACGUGACACAGAUGACCUCCUUCUCGGCGACUGACUUGGAAGAGAUCGGCGACACUUUCCACUUGGAGAGCUUGACUAUCCUCUCCACCCUCAGCUUCCCAUCUCUUGUCAAGGUUGAUACCAUCGACUGGACCGCGCUGCCCGCCCUCCAGGGACUUUCCUUCACCAAGGGUGUCCAGGAGGUUAACGAGCUCACCAUCGACAACACUCAGCUCAACUCGUUGAACGGCAUCAACCUCCAGGUUGCAGAAACCAUCUCCGUGACCAACAACCCAUACCUUUCAUCUGCUAGCAUGCAACUCGGCAACGUCACCCAGGCUCUCACUUUCGGUGCCAACAGCAAGGACCUCCAGCUCGAAUUCCCCAACCUCAAGUGGGCUUACAACAUGACCUUCCGAAACUGCUCCAAGGUCUUUAUCCCGUCCCUCUCCUCGAUCAACGGCUCGCUAGGUUUCUACUCCAACAGCUUCGAGAGCCUCUCCGCACCAAACCUCACUAACGUUGGCGGCUCGCUCUCCUUUGUGAGCAACGAGCAGCUCACUAACAUCAGCAUGCCGGAACUCACAACUGUUGGUGGUGGCUUCCAGGUCGCCAACAACACCAAGCUUUCCGACAUUGAUGGCUUCCCAGUCCUUGCCACCGUUGGCGGUGCCCUUGACUUCAACGGUGCUUUCUCCAAGGUCUCGCUUCCGAAACUUGGCGACGUCCGUGGUGCCUUCAACCUCCAGUCCACCGAGAACCUCGACAAUGUUUGCAACCACUUCCAGGGGCUUGCAGGCUCCAACAACGUCAUCAAGGGCCAAUACACUUGCAGCGGCGAGCAGUCCCACCCAGGUGGUGCUGGCACUCUCCCAGACGGCACCAACUCUGGAUCCGGAAGCGGCAGCUCCUCGAGCGCAGCCGUCCCAAUGCUCAUUCCAGGUGCUACUGGUGUGCUCGGUGUUGUGGCUGCCAUCUUCGGUCUGCUUUAAAUUUGGACAACUUGAGAGUAGCAUCAAAAGGCUUUCUAUUUCAGCUUGGCGGAGGCGUUAUAGCGUGGUCUGCUCCCGACUUGGGUGGGCGCUUGAACAGCUCGGCAUGCAUUGCAUAGACUAAUCGUAGCACUCCUGCACUCAAAACGAACAUCCCGUACACUCCUUUUCUCACGACCCCGAUGGCAGUUCUUGAAGCGAGCAUAUUGUUCCACGGAACACGAGAGGCGAGCAAUGCAUGUAUGGACUGGCACUCCUUUCUGAGCAAGGCGAUGGACUUGCUGUGUGGUAUUGAUGGGGACACGGAUGGGUCUUACAAGAUCGUAAUUGAGGAGGUGUACACGGUGGCCAGCUAGCCACAUUACCAGAUAGCUUGCAGUUGGUUGGAAUGACUGCACACGACGGAGCACCACUAGUUGUGUCUAGACGGCCAUGACAAGGAUUAGAUUAAUAUUGACGCUUUCUUAUACAC